AGCAGCAGGGCUGGUUCCUCCUCCUCCUCUCUCCCUUCCCUCCUUCCUUCCUUUGAUGGCCCCCUUCCUUCCUUCCUUCCUCCCUGCCUGCCCCCCUCCUGGGGCCAGCCCCUGCUGGGACUCCCGCUGCCCUCCGCCAGCCUCCCGAUGGACUGGCUCCGGAGACCCUUGGCGCUGCUGAUGCUCUUGGCCUGGAUGGGCUCCAGGGCCGCCUCCUCCUCCUCACUGCCCACAGCCUUCGGCCACCACCGGCUCCAGCCAAGCGCCAGCCGCAGCGGCUGCCAGCCAAUGCCCAGAGGCCUGGUCCUGUGCCAAGGAGUGGGCUACGGGGAGAUGUGGCUGCCCAACCUCCUGGGCCAUGAAACCCCCAGGGAAGUCCUGCAGCAGGCAGCCGCCUGGGUGCCCCUCCUCGCCAAGCGCUGCCACCAGGAUGCCCAGAAGUUCCUGUGCUCCCUCUUCGCCCCCGUCUGCCUGGAUGAGAUGGAAGGGCCCAUCCUCCCCUGCUGGUCCCUCUGCCGCGAUGUCCAGGAGGGCUGCGCACCCAUCAUGGCCGCCUUCGGCUUCCCCUGGCCAGAGAUGCUCAACUGUACCCGCUUCCCCGAGGAGGACGACCUCUGCAUCCCCCCCGAAAAGCAGCAGGGGCCACAGGAGGAUGACCACCCCACGGCCCAUCGUCCACCACACAAGGAAGAUGGAGUCUGCGCAGCUUGUCUUGAAGAUGCUGGACGCGGCGAGAAGGGGCUCCUGGAAAGCCUCUGCAGCCAGGAUUUUGCUUUAAAGAUGAGUGUUAAAUCCGUUUCGGGGUCCGCAGGGGACCUGAAGGUGGUCCCGGAGGUCCGUGGCCGGACCGUCUACAAGCAGAGCGGCUGGUCAGAAGAGGAGCUGAAGCGGCCAGUCCUCUGGCUGGAGGAUGGCGAGGGCUGUUCCUGCCGGGCGCUGGAGGCCACUCCGGGGGCCGUGGUCCUGGCUGCAGGGCGCCGGAUGGCUGGGCGGCUGGUCCUCUCCUGGGUCCGGAGGUGGCAGAGCGGGGAGAAGGAGCUCCGGAAGCUCUCCCGGACCCUGAGGAGGCGGCAGUGCCAGGAACGGACCUCCUCCACCCGACCCAGUGUUGGGUCACUGUAAAGUCUGGGCCAGGCCUUGGCACCCGGGCAAAGGCUGGCCAUUCCCCCCGGAGUCUGGGAAAGAUAUCUCUUUUUCUGGAGUGCAACUUCCAGCCUCCCCAGCCAGUUUCUUCCAAUGACAAUUUCUUCUGAUGAAGCCCAAUAAAGCCUGUAUGUACUUCCAAA